AUGCUGCACAAAUUUGAUGACGAUGGCCUCGACGCGCUGCGCAGCCUUUUACGAGACCAAAAGAUCAGCAACCGACCUGAUGCCGCCUUUGGUGGCUUGAUCUUUACAUCGCAGCGUGCUGUCGAAGCUUUCACGCACGUUGUAAACAGCGAAAAGACGAUGCAAGCAUAUGAGUGGCCACACCUACAGGAAAUUCCCAUCUAUAGCGUCGGACCGGCUACAACGCGCGCGCUAAGCGCUGUGUCCCAGGACCCCCCGCUGAAGGUAUUCGGCGAGCACACGGGUAACGGCGAGGCCCUCGCGCACUACAUGCUCGACCAUUACAGCGCGUGGUAUCGUGAGAGGCCAACGAAUCCGCCACUUCUAUUCCUCGUGGGCGAGCAGCGCCGCGAUGUCAUCCCCAAGACGCUGAUGGACCCGUCGCUGGCGGCCGCCCGCCGCAUCGUGGUGACGGAGAAGGUAGUUUAUGGUACUGGCGUCAUGGAGUCGUUCCCUGCCGACUUUGACAAAGAGCUCACGGCCGUGGCAGUCAUGCGCCAUGGGACCUCGCCGCUACCGUCGCGGUGGGUUGUUGUCUUUUCGCCGACGGGCUGCGAUAGCAUGCUUCGUGGAUUGGGAAUGCUGGACGAGGCGGGCAAGGCUAUCCCUGACAGUCGAGAUGGCAAAACAUUCAUCGCCACCAUUGGGCCUACGACAAGAGAUUUUCUGAUUGGUACAUUUGGUUUUCACCCAGACGUGUGCGCAGCAAAACCGAGCCCAGAGGGCAUAUUGGAGGGUAUAGCCGAAUUUGAAGCACAGGUAGUAUUAAAAUGA